AUGUCAUCUGCAGCAAUAGCACCGGCACCCGCACCAUCACAGUACGACGGUGAAGGAGCGGCGAAUCAGAAGCGUCGGUCGCUGUUCAAGCCAUCGACGUGGAAGCAAUCUAGUGGCAAAGCGGCGGCGGGUCACGUUGAGCCCGGGUUGGAGGCUCCCAAUGGGCACCACCAUCACCGCGGGGCGCAGACGCUGGACGGUGUCGAGACGGGGGCGCCUCUGACGGCGUUGGUGUCGGGCGAGGGGUAUUCCUCGCAGCAGCAGCACGAGCAGAAGGAAGGGGGAUCUGAUCAGGCCGCUGCUGUGAGCGGUGGUAGUGGGGGUAUCCAGGAUGCACAACCACUAUCGCAGCAGCAGCAGCAGCAGCAGCAGCAGCAGCAGCAGGCGUCGGCGGGGUCAGGCCUCGCGUCGGUCCCAGACGCCCUCGGCCGCAUCGCCUUCUUCCGCCAAGACCAGCCGAACUACCACCUCUCGAACUCGACACUCGCCUACCCGGUCGUCUACAAUGGUAUCCGCUACCCGUCGGCCGAGCACCUCUUCCAGUCGCUCAAGUUCCUGCCCUCGCAUCCGGAGAUUGCCAGCAAAGUGCGCCGCGCCAAAGCGCCGCUCGACGCCAUGCGCAUCGCACGCUCGCACACACACCUCUACAACCCGGGCUGGAUCGCCACCGGCAUCAACGUCAAAGUCAUGCACCACGUCGUCCUCGCUAAAUUCAGCCAAUACUCUGCACUCACCGAGGCGCUGCUCGAGACCGAGGACCGCGAGAUCGUCAAUGCCAGCCCCACGGACGUGUUUUGGGGCGAGGGCGGCGAAGGCGGCAGCGGCAGGGGCCGCAACGUGCUCGGAAAGACGCUCAUGGAUGUAAGGGAGGUGUUAAGGGCCAACAGCGGCGUCGGCUACGGCAGUGGCGCCAAGACUAUGUAA